AAAAGAUUCUAUUUUGACUUCUCCUCCACCUACGUCGGCGUCGGAAUGCUCUGUCCGUACAUGGUCAACGUCUCCUUACUCAUCGGCGCCGUUAUUUCGUGGGGGAUUUUGUGGCCGUGGAUCGAGACCAAGAAAGGGGUGUGGUACGCCGCCGACCUCCCGGCGUCCAGCCUUCGCGGCAUCCAAGGCUACCGCGUCUUCCUCGCUAUUUCAAUGAUGCUCGGAGAUGGGCUCUUCCACUUCGUCUAUAUGACCAUAACCACCGUUCUCAGCCUUCUUCUUCGUAAGUAUAAGAAUCAAGAAACAGGGGAAGAAACAGGGGAAGAAGAAGGUAAAGAAGAUUAUGACGAAAAGAAAAGGACGGAAUUUUUCUUGAAAGACUCGAUACCAUAGUGGGUGGGGCUGGCCGGAUAUUUCGGGCUGGCGGUUAUCUCCGUCGUCGUCGUGCCGCUAAUUUUCCGGCCAUUAAAAUGGUACCAUAUCAUAGUAGUGUAUGCUAUUGCCCCUGUUCUUGCCUUCUGCAACGCUUAUGGGUGUGGAUUGACGGAUUGGUCCCUGGCGUCGAACUACGGGAAGGUGUCGAUCUUGAUUUUCAGUUCUUGGAUCGGGCUGAGCAACGGCGGCGUCCUGGCCGGCCUGACCGCCUGCGGCGUCAUGAUGAGCAUCGUCUCCACCGCCUCCGACCUAAUGCAGGAUUUCAAGACGGGCUACCUCACUCUGGCUUCUCCGAGGGCGAUGUUCUUCAGCCAAGUGAUCGGAACCGGAAUGGGCUGCCUUAUAACGCCGCUGGUUUUUUGGAUCUUCUACAAGGCGUACCCGCUCGGAGACCCGGACGGGUCGUACCCGGCGCCGUACGCGCUGAUGUACCGCGGGAUUGCUCUGCUCGGGGUGGAGGGGUUUGGGUCUUUGCCGAGGAACUGCCUGGGGCUCGCCGUCGGCUGCUUUUUCGCCGCCGUCGCCAUUAACGGGCUAGUGGAGUUGCUGAAGAAGUAUGAGAGGAAAUACAGGGUGUACCGGUUCGUGCCGAAUCCGAUGUGUAUGGCUAUCCCGUUUUACCUUGGAGGGUACUUCGCCAUUGAUAUGUGCAUUGGAAGUUUGAUUCGGUUCUUGUGGCGGAGGGCGGACGCGCAGAAAGCUAAAGACUUCGGGCCUGCCGUCGCGUCGGGGCUCGUCUGCGGGGAAUCUUUGUGGGGGAUUCCGGCGGCUGUGCUGGCUUUGGUCAACGUCAAAGCCCCCUUGUGCAUGAAGUUUGUCUCGUCGUCAUCUUAAUUACCAGUGCUACGAUCUUUUUAUUUUUAGUAUUUUUGUUGUUACUUAAUUCUAUAGGAUUAGCUAGCCAAGUAGCUACAAUUUGAUCUUGCUUGUAAUUCUUAAAUUAAAUGGAGUGUUUAAUUUCAAA